CCUCUCUUAUUGGGUGAACAGGCAUGCGGCGAGGCGGAUGUUGUCGUUUUUGCAAGGGCCGGAAUAGGCAAGAUGGCGUCGAGUGGCGGCGAGCUUGGAGGUGUAUUUGAUCACCACGUUCAGAGGGCUGUAUGCGACACGCGGGCCAAGUAUCGGGAGGGACGGCGGCCUCGUGCUGUCAGGGUAUAUACAAUCAAUUUGGAAUCUCGGUACUUGUUAAUACAAGGAGUUCCUGCAGUGGGAGCAAUGAAGGAAUUAGUUGAGCGAUUUGCUCUAUAUGGUGCAAUUGAACAGUAUAAUCCUCUAGAUGAAUACCCAGCAGAAGACUUUACAGAAGUUUAUCUUAUUAAAUUUAUGAACUUACAAAGUGCAAGGACAGCCAAGAGAAAAAUGGAUGAACAGAGCUUCUUUGGUGGAUUGCUUCAUGUGUGCUAUGCUCCAGAAUUUGAAACAGUUGAAGAAACUAGAAAAAAAUUACAGGAGAGAAAGGCUUAUAUAACAAGAACUACUAAAAAUAAAGAUCAUUACAUGACGAAGAAGAAACUGGUUACAGAGCUUAACGACACAAAAGAUUUUAGACAGGACUUCCAUUCAAGGACAUCUGGACCUUGUGCAGCCACACUGAACACUUCUACUGGCAAUUCCGAUCCUUGUCUUCCUUAUUCUUGUGAAUUGCCUUUAUGUUAUUUUUCCUCAAAAUGUGCGUGUUCGUCAGGGGAACAUAUGGGCUGGGCAUCGGACUCCUCUCGGGGUGGUAGAAACCAUGCUGGAACAGUGGAGCAUUGUAUGCACAAUGACUCUUCACAGAAGAUACAAAUGAAACCUUUUAAAAAUUCGUUGGCCUGCCCUGGUGCACAGAAGGCUACUACUUCUUCAGAGGCAGUUGACAGAUUUAUGCCUAGGACGACACAGCUGCAGGAGCGGAAAAGAAGAAGAGAAGAUGAUCGUAAAGUUGGAACUUUUCUUGGAACAAGCACGAGUAGUAAUGAGGUUAUGAUUGGGCCUCUGUUACCUCACAUACCUAAAGUGGACAUGCAUGACGACUCAUUGAAUACAACAGCGAAUUUAAUUCGGAAUAAACUUCAAGAGGUCAUUUCAUCUGUGCCCAGACCUCCAGAAGACAAGCUGGAAGAUGUGUGUACAAGUCGUUCAUUAAAACAAAGAAGAAGAAUAUAGACUGCUGGCAGCCAAUUAUGUUUCUGUGGGACUAUUAACUUUUUACUUUUGGCCUGUCACUUUAAUUGUUGAAAAGAUUGUACUGCUAGUAUUUUUUAAUGCACUUCUCUUUAUAAUAUCAUUCAAGCUACUUAUCUAAUAAAAUUACAUCUUUUAAAAUUAGGUUGUUAUAGACAAAGUACAUGCCAGCCAAAUAUGUUCCUUAAAAAAACAAAACUAAACUUUUCCAGGAGCUCCACCCAGUGGCUUUGGUUGCAUCUUAUUGGCUAGAAGUGGGCUCCGGGCCAUUCCUAACUCAGGAGGUCUGGCGUGAUAAAUGUUUUGGUUUCCAGCUUCUGGGGAUGAGGAAGAAAGAGAAAAGAGGAUUGUGAAAGGAUUAUUCACAGUAUUUGCCACAAGAACCAAGUUUGUUGGCUAACUUAAAAGAAUAAAUUUAGUUUAUCAUUACUUAUUAUAGGUGUUAUUUUGAUCAUACUUAAUAUUACAGAAACUGAGGAUACCUGGGCAGCUCAGCUGAUUAAGGGUCUGCCUUUGGCCCAGGUCAUGAUCUCGGGGUCCCAGGAUUGAGUCCC